GUAAUAACCUUUCAGAAUGUGCUGAGUGGUAGGUUCGAAUUGUGGAGGGAAUUCUUUUAAUUAUUGUUUUUUAAUUUUAAUAGUUCAAGUUAUAUGGAUUAACUAUAUAUAAAAAUUAAUUUAUAAUGCAUACGGAAGUUUUGUGUUGAAAAUGUUUUUAAUUUCUUGACCGACGCUGAUUCCUGUGGUCAACUUGGUGACUUUUUAAUACAGUAAUUAUCAUGUUUGGAGGUACUUCUUCACCGUUUGGCCAAAAAUCUGCAACUCCCGGAACAACUGGAGGUUUUGGUCAACAACCUGCAUUCGGAACUGCUGGUGCUAGUACAGGUACUUUUGGAACUUCUCAACAGCCAGCCUUUGGCCAAACUCCAGCUUUUGGCCAAUCCGCUGCAGCUCCUUCAUUUGGGAAUCCUACAACACAACCAUCCUUUGGAACUCCCACGUCUACCCCAGCUUUUGGAGCACCCACUUCCACGCCUGCAUUUGGAACAACUACAUCUGCUCCAGCUUUUGGAGCACCCGGUGCUACGCCAGCUUUUGGAGCUCCUACUUCUACACCAGCUUUUGGAACACAAACAGCAACACCCGCUUUUGGAACACAAACAGCAACACCCGCUUUUGGAACACAAGCUGCUACACCCGCUUUUGGAACACAAACAGCAACACCAUCUUUUGGAACACAAACAGCAACACCAGCUUUUGGAACACCUACAUCCACACCAGCUUUCGGAGCACCUACAUCCACACCAGCUUUUGGAACACCUACAUCCACACCAGCUUUUGGAAAUACAACCCUAUCUUUUGGUACAACUCAGCAGAAAACUGGUUUUGGCACACCUCAGUCUUCUGUGGGUUUCGGUGUUGGAAAUACUCAGCCGUCUCUUACUGCCACUACAGCACAGUCUGGUUUUGGCUUUACUAACACUGUAGGGCAGCCAGGUUUUGGAGCCAGCACAACAACAACUUCUGUUCUUGCAACAUCAACAGCUGCUACCCCUUCUGUCAAUUUCAAUCCACCUCAAACUACUGCUAUUGGUUUUAAUAUAUCUAAAGCACCAACACUUAGUUUUGGCACACCUACCACAGCAGCUACACAAUCGUCUCUUACUUUUGGUACAUCUUUAACUCCGAAACCUGUUACUUCGACUGCAUUAACAUCAUCAGGUUUUGCUUUUGGUACUGCUACUACUACUACACAAGCUGCCAUUACAACUCAAGCUCUUAACAGUGGACUAGGUUUAAGUGGGUUAUCUUACAGUUCAACUGCAAUAGGCGGCAAGUCUAUGUUAACCAUAACCGGUAACACUGCUACUCCUCUGUAUGGAACAAAAUCUUCUGAUCUAAAUGCAAGCAAGACUCAAGGACAGGUGCCUCCAAAAUGUCAAGCGGUUCACCCUUUAGUGUUAGAAAUGGUUGAAUCUUUCAAAAAUCACAUAAAGGAACAAAAACAUUUGUGUUUAGAAGUAUCAAGAGCAAGUUUAAAACCCAUUAACAAAAUAUCCAGUGAUGCUGAAAAUGUUAAAAAAUCUGUUAUGAAGUUAGAACGAGCUGUGAAUAAGAACAAGAUGUUAAAUUCAAAAUUAAAAGAAGAAACUGUAAAAGCACUUGCUGAUGUGGAAAUAGCUCAAAAAGCUAUGGACUACCCUGGAGGAUUUCCGUGUGAUAACUCAAUAGUUACUGACUAUUUCUUGCAGCUAGCUAACAAAUUUCAAGCUCAGGUUGUUGCUUUGCGUAUUGAACUUGAAAAUACAGAAAAAAGUAUUAUGUGUGAAUUAAAUCCAGCUGCAUUCACUCCUCAAGAAUUGUCUACCACAAUGCAGCGUUUAUACGAGUGCUUUGUUGCUUUAGCUGGAAGAUUUCAAUUUGUCCAUGCCCAAAUUUCUAAUGUGAAAGUACAACACCUUGAACUAAGGAAAAGGAAGUUAGAGGAUUAUACUGAUAUUUUUAGUAAAAAGAACUUUAGUAUGAAAGCAACCAAUGAAGCAGCGUCACUAACGAUGGGUCCAUCUCCAUUUUCAGGUUUUCGAAACUACCAUUCAAUGAACAUGAAUUCAUCCCAACAGCAAAAUGACACUCAUCCGUCUCUAUCUGCUACUGCCAUGGCUCAUUCUUUUUUAAAUAACUCAUUGAAUAAGUCAGCGUUACAUAACACUAGUUUGUUAGCCUCUCCGUCGUCAUCUGCUCCAGGAUCAAAAAGAGGAAAGAGAUGAAAAAUACACUUCAUGAUUUUCUAAUUGUAUAUUGUUUUACUUACAAGAUGCGUGUAAAUUAAGUCAAGAUCUCAAUAUAUGUAUUUAAUCUAUUGAAAUACUUACCUUAUACGGUUUAGAAAUUGAUUUGGUGAAAAUACCUCAGCACCCAAACGAAGAGAAAACCACUGUAUGAAAAGAAUUAUAAUUCAGGAGGGAUUCAAGAAUUUAAACAAAAUUUGUAUUUAAAACAAGACACAGGAAAGAAGUUAAGAUUUUUUAACAAGGAUCAAGAGAAACUAUUAUCUGUUUGGAAUAACUUGUAAAGGCUGAGGAAAAACAAUAGUUAAAAAAAAAAAAAUUAAGGUCAUUGAGGAUCUUUAUUUACAUAAAAUAACCUCAAUAAUAGAUUAUAAUUAAAUAAAAUACUUAGAAAAUCACAAAAAUAGAGAGUCUAACAAGUACCAUAGGCAUUGCUGAAGUUGUACUAUAAUAAUAUUUAUUUUUGUUUGAGUCACGGAACAGAACAAAGCAACUCAUGAUUUUAGAACAAAAAAUGUUUUUUGUAAUCUAAAAAAAGAAUGGCCUGAAUCUUGGUUUGGUUUUCGCAUGAUUUUUUUUUUUUUUUGCCUAAUGUAAAAUAGUGUAAAACUGGCACAUUUUUAAAAUGUGCAAAUCGAUGACUAGUCCACAAUAUUCGAUUAAAAUUAUUCUCAUAACAUAAAAUGAGGGUUAAUCGACCAUCUAAUAAAAAUAUAUACACUUAAGAUAAACAAUAAUUAUAACAGGUGUCUAUAUAUUAAAUAAAAAAGAACAAAUAAAUAUAACAAAAAUAUACCAAUUUACAAAGAAUAAGUACUGUUUAGUUUUUUUUCCAAACAUAGGCUAUCACUUAUAUACAAUCUAAAUUAUUGUAAGCUAGCAACAAGCCUAGUUAAGGCACAUCUAAACAUCUUAAGAUUUUCUGUUAUUUUAUAGGACUAUAAAUUUAAUUUUUAAUCCUAUUAAAUAUAAACAAAAAAUGCUAUUCGUUGCUAAGCGACAUAAUAACUGCCUGAAACAAAAGAAAACAUUUGUUCAUUUAGGUUGAUAUAUAUAAAGUAUAAAUAAAAUAUCCAAAUAACAACCAAACAAUAGGAUGAAAACCUCUAGCAGCUUAUAAAUAGCUCACUGACAACAAUAUCGUAGAGAAGGAAAUAAGAACAGUCAAUGAGAAGGGUAAAUAACUCCCUCCCACCCAUAACAAAUUCAACUGACCUGACAUAUAGUUUAACUAUAACGAUAAAUAUGGAAAAAUAUAAAUGAAAACA